CCCAAGAGGCGCAAGCCUGGCAUUAAAAGGGGGGGGGAGAACCACCUGUGUUGCACCCUGGGUGUGGGUGGGUGUUAAGGGGUAAAUUGAUUGUUCUUGUGCUUGUAUGUGUGUAGAGAAAGAAGCAAGGUAGUGAUAAUGAUAACAAGGAGAGAAACUAGGUGCUGUUGUGUAUAGCAUGGAAGGUGAAAGUGCUUGACUCUGUUUUUGGAGUUGGCAUUUGCUUCUGUGCAUCGGCUUAGUGUUGGGUUUCUGCUAUAACAAAGGACAGGUGAGCUAUAGCAAGAAAGCAGUCACUGUUGUCAUGAUGGUGUGAUGGUGUAAGGGUACUUUGAUAUGAGAAAAACAAGUUGUGGUGAACUAUUUAAUGACACAAGAAAUAUAUGUAGUAUUGGAAUUAUGAAAAACUAAGUCUUCUACUUUGUCAGGUAUUUUAGGACAAGUGGAUAUUUGAUUUCAAGACACAGAUGUUUAAGCCUUUUUUUAGGGGUGCCACAAAUAAAAGGAAAAAGUGAGACUUUGUGCGGUAAGGCCUAAUGAGGAAGGAACAGGCAAUGUGGUUAAUGAUGGCAGAUUAGGGAAAACUGCUGAAAUGAACCUAAGCAAAUCUAUGUUGGGACCUACAUGAUCAAAUCGUGCUCCCUUGUAUCUGGUUUAAUUUGACACCUAGAGAUUGAUACUAAAUCAAUUAAGGAUGGAAGGGGUUGAAAGGAACAGCUCCAUAUUCUCUCCAAGACUGUUUCAAGAAUGGAGUCUAGCCUUCUGGACUCUGUGUUCAGUGAUGGUUCCAGUACUGAUCACCUUGUGGUGCAGCUUUCGGCGAUCUCGGAGGCAGGAACUGAUGCAGGACAUUUUGCGUAAGAGCAAGCACAAUUGGCAGGACACAGAUCUCUUCAGCCAGCCCACCUAUUGCUGCAUCUGCUCUCUGCACAUCCUUCAGGGAGCUUUCUGCAACUGCUGUGGGCUGUGUGUCGAUGAAGAGUGCCUGAAGAAGGCCGACCGGCGUUUCCUCUGCAAGGAAAUAAUAAUGAGGGGUGAAAGUGGCUUCAGGACCUCUAUGGUACACCAUUGGAUCCGUGGCAACGUCCCUCUGUGCAGCUACUGUGUCGUGUGCAAACAGCAAUGUGGUACCCAGCCCAAGCUGUGUGAUUACAGGUGUGUGUGGUGUCAGCAAACCGUACACGAUGAAUGUAUGCAGAGCGCUUUGAAGAACGGGACAUGUGAGUUAGGAGAGUUCCGCAACUUAAUUAUUCCUCCAUAUUACUUAUUCAACGUCAGUCAGAUGCGAAAAGACAAAAGAGUGGACUAUGGCAAGCUGGCUGCCUCCUGUGGGAAAAACUGGACUCCCCUAAUCAUUCUGGCUAAUACUCGGAGUGGAAACAAUAUGGGAGAAACAUUGCUUGGGCAAUUUAAGAUGUUACUAAACCCAAUUCAGAUUUUUGAGCUAACCAAAACAACACCUGCAAAAGCACUGCAGCUCUGCACUUGGCUGCCUUGCAAUUCUGUUAGAGUACUUGUCUGUGGUGGAGAUGGCACUGUGGGCUGGGUCUUGGAUGCGAUUGAUGACAUGAAGAUCAAGGGCCAAGAGCGCUACAUCCCACAGGUUGCGAUCUUACCCUUGGGAACGGGGAAUGAUCUGUCGAAUACACUGGGCUGGGGGGCUGGGUACGCCGGAGAGGUCCCCGUGGAGCAGAUUCUGCGCAACGUGAUGGAUGCUGAUGGAAUCAAGCUGGAUAGGUGGAAGGUUCAGGUAACAAAUAAAGGAUACUACAACUUAAGGAAGCUUAAGGUCUUCACAAUGAACAACUACUUUUCUACAGGUCCAGAUGCCCUCAUGGCUCUAAACUUUCACGCACAUCGUGAGAAGUCUCCCUCUCUCUUUUCCAGUAGGAUUAUUAACAAGGCUGUAUAUUUUUUCUAUGGGACCAAAGAUUGCUUAGUACAGGAGUGUAAGGAUUUGAACAAAAAGAUUGAGCUAGAGUUGGAUGGAGAGAGAAUUGAUUUGCCCAGCUUGGAAGGCAUCAUAGUUCUGAAUAUCGCCUACUGGGGAGGCGGCUGUAGACUGUGGGAAGGAAUGGGGGAUGAGCUUUAUCCUCCGGCAAGGCAUGAUGAUGGGCUGCUGGAAGUUGUUGGAGUCAAUGGCUCUUUUCACUGCGCUCAGAUUCAAGUGAAGCUUGCAAAUCCCAUUCGGCUGGGACAGGCCCACACUGUGAGGUUAAUCUUGAAGAAUUCAAAGAUGCCAAUGCAGGUGGACGGAGAGCCCUGGGCACAAGGCCCUUGCACUGUCACCAUUACGCACAAGACGCACGCGCUGAUGCUCUAUCACUCAGGGGAACAGACAGACGACGACGACGUGUCCAGCGUAUCCGAACAAGAACUUGCCAAGGAUCAGACAGAUGAAGAUACCUAGUUCUGGGCCAAGUUUUUGGCAUGCUAAAAAAUGGUAAACUCCAGCUUGGCUUUGGCUGAAAAGCUUAGCACUAGAUAUUCCGUCUCCAGUAAACCUCUUAACACCAUGCCAUCUCUGUACUUACAAUUGGCACAGGAGUAACUAAGCCAUGCUUUUAGUGAGAUAGAGAUAGAGAUAUAUAUAAAAGCUGAACCAGGCUUAAAUUCAGCAAGCACUUUUACUCUGGUUUAUAGCAUCAAGCUGAAGCGGAUGGGGG